CUUAUUAAAUAGAAUCCUUGUAUGGUCCUUGAUCAUUGGUUUCUAUAAUCAUCUACGACUUUGGAAGCAGCAUCUGAAACAGUUGCUGUGACGACAAUUCGGCCUUGGUAUGACCAUGUAUACAACAAAUAGUUUUCUGGAAUCAGCCAACCACAAUCUAGCCCAGCUUUCGACCUCUUGUUCACCGGUUGUCUCCUUGGAAUCAGGUUUUGGCUCUAAUCAGGUAUCUGGUGCCCGACCUCAAGGACAACAACUCACUAAUCAAACAAUGAUGUCGUCGCCACCUGUUGAUGAUCACAAUGCACUGCCGUCUUACCAAUCCCAAUUUCCUCCAUUGAACACAAAUGGAUAUCAAACCAAUGGAACCAGCAGCCACCCGACUCCUGCUGUAAUGUCUUACGGCCAUAUUGCAAAUGGUGAUGCGAAUCAUACUGCCUCUUCUUCACCAUUUGGGUCUACGACUUAUCUGAAUGGAGCGAGUGAGGCUAGUGAAGCUCCUCAUGCGCCAAUGGGACUCAUAGAAACUACUCAAAUUCUGACGAUUCCGGUAGAAGAACGAAGAUAUCAGGAUAACAACAAUGCCCAUGCAAAGCAACAAAUGGACGCAUGUCGGCAGGCUCAGGAAGAAUUCAAAGUGAAAGUGGAACUGACUCCGCACAAGGACAGAUCUUUGAGUGUUAUGAUUGCAGGAAGGAGUGAUCAAGUGCUCAAAGCACGCAAACUGCUCCUGUCGCGCAUUCAAACUCAAGCGAAGGAGACUAUCCAUGUUUCAAAAGAGUUUUAUGGUGCUAUCAAGGGGAAAGGUUCUUUGCGGCAGCGUGAGAUUGAGGAGCAAACAGCUACUAAGCUCAUCUUCCCGCCUCCGGGCUCACCGGAGGAAAACAUAUCAAUCGAGGGAACAAGGGAGGGAAUUGCCCAUGCCAAACACAAGUUGGAGAUCAUCGUCGCCGAACUGGCCAAGAAGGCAACGGAGAAGUUCUGCAUUCCAAAAGUCUACCACCCGUUCAUCAGUGGCGCCUUCAACCGCCAGGUGGAGCAGUGGCAAGGGGACCAUGGCUGCAAAGUGAACAUCCCCCCAGUCUCAGUGGACAGUGACGAGAUAGUGCUGAGUGGGAACAGAGACGGAGUAGCGGCUGUGAGGAACGAGAUCUACAAAGUAGUGGCCGAUUUGAAUAAGAAUAUGGGCAAGCUAGAUGUCCAGAUUGACAAGGCUAAACACAAGUACAUCAUCGGCCAGAGGGGACGUGGAAUCCAGGAGAUCCUUGAGAAGUACAGUGUGUCUGUGGAAGUGCCUCAGCUGGACAGUUCCAGCAACAACAUCACCCUCCGUGGCCAGCACCAGAACCUGGGCAAGGCUGUCUCGGACGUGUACGACAGGGCCGAGAGCUACAAACUCGAGAAGAUCCACUGUCCCAACUGGCUUCAUAGGUACUUGAUUGGAAAAGACGGAUCGAAGUUGCAGGAGAUGCUGGGAGAGAAUGUGUCCAAGGUGCACGUGGAGUUCACAGGUGACAGCAUCAUAGUAGAUGGACAGAGGGAGGUGAUGGAAGUGAUCUUGCACAGACUGAAGAGUGAGGUUGACAGACUGGUGAGCGAGAAGAGCUACGAGGAGAUCAAAGUCGACUCCAGGUUCCACAAACACGUCAUAGGCAAGAGUGGCGCCAACAUCAGACAGUUGUGUCAGGGAAAACAGGUGCAGAUCAAAGUACCGAAUGAGAUGCAGGAUAGCAACAUUAUCCGAGUGGAGGGAAACAGGGAGGAGAUGGUGUCUGUGAUGGCCGAACUGAGGACACUCGUGAACCGAGUGGAGAACGAACGGUCCGAGGACGUCAAGAUAGAACACAGACUACACAGGCUGAUGAUUGGUCAAAAUGGAGAGAACAUCCGGAAGUUGCGAGACGCCUACCCGGAUGUGAACAUCAACUUCCCAGAGAACAAGGGGGCCAGCAACUCGGUCGUGGGCAAGAGUGACUUCGUCAAUGUCAGGGGACCCAAAGACCAAGUGGAGAAAUGUAUGCAACAGCUGAAGAAAAAUGCCAAGGAACUGGCUGAGAACAACUAUGAGUUAUCGGUGUCAGUGUGCAAGAAGUACCACAAGAACAUUAUCGGCAGAGAGGGCGCAACCAUCAACCAGAUCCGAAAGGACGCCAACGUGCGCAUUGAGAUGCCCCCUGUGCAGGAUAGUGGAAGGGGAGGCGGAGGGAUGUCUGGUGGGGGAGACAGUGACGCCAUCCGCAUCAUAGGCAGACGAGAGAAUGUUGAGAAGGCAAAGAAAAAGAUACUGGAAAUUGAGAGUCAACAGGCAAAUAUCAUAGAGAGAAGCAUUGACAUUCCAUUCAGACAGCACAAGGCUCUAAUUGGCAAGGCAGGCGCGCACAUCAAGGCCAUCGUGAACGAAUGUGGCAGUGACGUCACCGUCCACUUCCCACAGGACGGAACCAACCAAGUCCAGAUCAGAGGCGACCGCAAAGAGGUCGAGAAAGUUGUGAAGCGACUAGAAGACGAGGCGAACAAGAUCUGCGAGGCCACUGAGGACUUGCAAGUGAAGCAGGAGAUGCACCGCUUCCUCAUUGGACGAGAGGGCAGCUACGUAAGGAAGUUGCAGGAAGAGUCGGGAGGGUGCGCUAUUCUGUUCGAUAACAACUCUGAGGUCAUCACACUCGCGGGGUCGAAGGAGGCCAUUGCAAAAGCAAAGAAACUGAUAUCGGCUAGAGUACAGCAGCUGGAAAGUACAGUGGAAAGCGAGAUGGAGAUAGAGCCGAGACUCCACCGCUACUUCAUGCAGAACAACCGCAGAGUGUUGGGUCAGGUGAUGGACGAGUGUGGGGGAGUGCAGAUCAGUUUCCCCCCUCUCGUCUCCAACCCCACCCCCACCAACCCCCAGUCAGCAACUGUCAAAGUGAAGGGACCGGCCGAGUAUGUGACACUGGCCAAGACUCGUCUCGCCGAGAUCGUAGAGGAUGUCAAAAACCAGACUUGGGAUUACAUUGAAAUUGAGCCGAUGCAUCAUCGAACUAUCCUGGGCAAGAGUGGAUCGAACGUACAGCUGAUUGAGAACGAAUUGAACGUGAGAAUUAAGUUCCCGGACCAGCAGGGUGGUGGCGGCCGCUCACAGCAGGGAGACUCACCCAUCCACAAUGCUCAACUGAAUGCUCUGGCUCUCGCAGGCGGAUCCAAACCUCCUCCUCAACAACCCAAUCAGGUGCUGGUGACUGGACGAAAAGAGAACGUUGACAAGGCGGGAGAGAGACUACUGGCUCUGGUGCCGAUCGAAGACUCCGUUGAAGUGCCUCAGAGGUUCCACUCCACCCUCAUUGGAUCCGGAGGGGGACAGCUUCGAGAGAUGCAGACAAAACACAACGUGCGCAUCUCUAUUCCGAGACCCAGUGCCUUCGGAGGUGCAGCAGCAGCAGCGAAUGGAGGAGAAGGAGAAGGUGGCGAGGAGGGAGAUUGGAAGGGGGCUGAUAAAGUGAUUGUUUUUGGGACACCUGAGAAUGUUAAAAGUGCCAAGGAGGAUUUGGAGAAAGUGGUGGGAGAACUAGUUGCCAAGUCGUACCGAGUCGAGUUCCCAGUGAAUCCAAAAUACUUCCCGAAAAUCAUCGGCCCCAAGGGAUCCACUAUUGCGAAGCUGAGGGAGCGCCACGGGGUUGAGAUCAUGUUGCCGAGACAGAACUCGGGAAGUGGCGAGGACGAAUUGGUAGCCAUUGUCGGAUACCAGGACAAAGCUGACAAAUGUAAAGAGGAGAUCACGAACAUCGUGUCUCAGUUUGAGGCCUACGAGACUGUGGAAAUAAACAUUGACACACGACUGCACGCGCGGUUCAUCGGGGCGAAGGGGAAGAAUCUGAGGAAGAUGCAGGACCAGUACAAGGUCGAGAUACGAUUCCCAGGCAGGGGCUCACAGGAACCCAGCAAGGUCACUAUUACUGGCCCUGCUGAUCCCGUAGACGAAUGCAGAGACAAGCUGCUCUGCUUGGCCGAAGAAUAUAUGCUCGAGUUCGGAGAUGAAGAUAUCGAAUCUGAGUACACUCAUCCCUCCUCCAGGAAUCACAUGAACGGCAAGGCCUCCGUUAAUGGGCGUCAUCGCGAGUCCACCGGAUUCAUGGUCCGAGACGCGCCCUGGGAUCCCGCCAAUUCCUCCGAUUUCCCUGCACUCGACGACUCGCCUCAAGGUGCUCCUCGGAACUCGUGGCCUGUUCGGGGAUCGCGACAUUGAACGAUGACUUUUACGCUGGCGUUGAGCUACGUUUGGCACUCGGAGAACGUGAACUAGUUGAGAAGAUAUGGGCAAAAUGUGAACAAACUAAACUUACAUUGAUUGAGUAGAUUUGUGCUUUGAUUGACGGGCUAAGAAAUAAAUAUAUAACGAAAAAUGGAUACGUGAUCUUUUCCAGUGCCUUAAACACACUUUAUUCCUUGAUUUGUCCUCUACUUUUGUGCAUCAUAAUCAUCGUUUCUCGUUUCAUCAUCCUUAAUAUUUCUCAAUAUUGCUGUGUAGCUACUUUAACUGUAAUCUAUAAGGUGGUAGUGCUAUAUUGGAAGCUUCUGCAGUAAUUAGCGGUUAAAUACGUUUAAGCGCGGUUUAAUAAACUGUGAUUUAGGGUCUUUUCUAAAGAUGUAAACUGAAUAAAUAAUUGGACUUCGGUGCAAAUAUACACUGAUUCAAAUAAUAUCGUUUAAUGUAUAGAUUUUCCUUGUUUCCUUUAUUUGCCUCGAUAUUUCUUUUAAAAAACUAAUUGUGGUGACAACGUAAGCCAGUUGAUCUCCUGGUUGGUUCUAAAUCUUGUCUGGUGAAUAGAUGCCUUGAUUUUUAGAAUCUCUUAUAUGAAGUAAUGUCUAGGUAGAUAUCUUUUGGUGCGCGCCUAUAACAUACCUCCUCUGAGCAAUAGCAGCAUUAUGAAUUUUUGGAAAAUUAUUUAACGGCGAAGACGUUUUUUGAAAAUUAUUUAACGGCGAAGACAUUCUUUUAAGAUUUUUUUCACUAUUUGUUCAAUUCAUUGCGAGGUAUGUUGAAGAUUAUUGAUGUGGUAAUGACAAUACUAUAGAAAUUUUAAUGAUAUUUUUCGGCUAAUCGGUGUUCAAUGCCGAGUUUUUGCUAAUAUCGGUUUGGGUCAUCGAAAUACGACAAUGAUAUUAAUUUACAAAAAAAAAACAUUUUGAUAGCAGUUAACGACAAAAUCACUGAGCAAUUCAUCGUGAAAACCGCUUAAAAGUAGUCUAAUAAAAUAUAGUGAGUUGUAGUUGGCUCGGCAGAUGUUACAAAUACUUCAAGCAAUUAAAUUGGCAUUAACUAAAAAAUUGAAGUUAAUUGGCGGUGAUGUGAAUUUGUGUAUUAUGAUUGUGUAUUCUAUUUGGUUAGUCAAUUAAUGAUGCAACAUUACCUGUCCAUGACGUCAUGGUAUAUCCCCAUCCUCCCUUCGCUCACUUCCGACUCGUCUCGAUCUUAUCCGCUGUUACCUAAGUGGACAUUCCAAUUCAAAUAUUGAAAACCA